UUAUUUUUGGUAAAACAAAUUAAGAACCGCUUCUUCUUUCUACCGUCUUCCAAUCUAAGCAACCUCUCAGCUCUCUCUCUCUUUCUCUCUCUCUCUCUCUCUCCCCCCUUCGUUCUUUCUCUCUUUCUUCAGGCGCCGCACAAUCUUCAAUUUCUUCUCUCUUCAUUUUCCCUGUCUUUCUUAGAUCCAGUAGUCUAAGCUCGGUCAAGGUUACCAUAUACCACUCAUUUUGACUUACCCACAUCACAAAACUUGGAAUUUUGUAUGAAAUCGACUUCAAACUGAGUGGGGCCUUCCUUCAAAUUCUAUAUGGUGGUUUUUUUGACAUUCGGAUGAACCAGUGAAAAUUUGAGGGAUUUUGUGGGUACUGUUGCUGAGUUACAGCCAUGGCGACUCAGAGCUGGAGAGACUCCUACAAGGGUAUGUCCUCUGAUAAUAUCAAGGGGUUGGUCUUGGCUUUAUCUUCGAGCUUCUUCAUCGGUGCCAGCUUCAUUGUCAAGAAGAAGGGGUUGAAAAAAGCUGGUGUCUCUGGCAUCAGGGCAGGAAGUGGAGGGUAUUCUUACUUGUAUGAACCACUUUGGUGGGUGGGCAUGAUAACAAUGAUUGUUGGGGAAAUUGCUAAUUUUGCUGCCUAUGCUUUUGCACCUGCUAUAUUGGUCACACCCCUUGGUGCUCUGAGCAUUAUUAUCAGUGCGGUUCUUGCACAUAUUAUUUUGAAUGAGAAGCUACACAUUUUUGGAAUUCUUGGUUGUGCUCUUUGUGUUGUGGGUUCUACGACAAUUGUUCUGCAUGCUCCUCAAGAACGUGAGAUUGAAUCUGUUAAAGAAGUUUGGGAUCUUGCUACAGAACCUGCUUUUCUUUUCUAUGCAGCUUUGGUCUUAACUGCUGUGUUUAUACUUAUAUUCCACUAUAUCCCUGACUACGGCCAGACACAUAUAAUGGUUUACAUUGGAGUUUGUUCUCUUGUUGGCUCUUUGUCGGUUAUGAGUGUUAAAGCACUUGGAAUUGCUUUGAAGUUGACAUUGUCAGGAAUGAAUCAGCUAAUAUAUCCCCAAACAUGGGCUUUCACUUUAGUUGUAAUUACUUGUGUGCUUACCCAAAUGAAUUAUUUGAACAAGGCACUUGAUACAUUUAACACUGCUGUCGUAUCUCCCAUAUACUACGUUAUGUUCACAUCGCUCACCAUUGUGGCUAGUGUAAUCAUGUUCAAGGAUUGGGAUAGGCAGAGUCCAACUCAGAUUGUUACAGAAAUGUGUGGGUUUGUGACUAUCCUUUCAGGAACGUUUCUUCUUCACAAGACAAAGGAUAUGGUUGAUGGGUCAAUGUCUCUGCCUGUGCGACUCCCUAAGCACACAGAAGAGGAUGGCUACGGUGCCGAAGGCAUCCCUCUUAGGCGUCAAGAGUCAUUAAGAUCACUGCAAAUUUGAUAUAUUCAUCAGCUUGUUCUGCAAUCACUAAAGAAUUGAUAUUUUGGGGGAGAGACUAUCUGACAUCAACCUGUAUUUUAUGAGAGCACUCCCUUCAUUUUGUUUUCGGGAUACAGUCAUAGAAAUGAAGUUGAGGUUUUUCCCUUCCAUGUUUCAUUUUGGCUUCACAAAGAGUCAAGCGUUCAGCUGUUUCCUUGUAUACACUGCCCCAGUCCAUACAGAAAGAAUUGGCCAAUGUAAUUGUAAGCACAUUGGUAAUAUAUAGUGCAUCUUAGUUUCAUUUGUCACAA